AUGCCUGACAUCAACGUCGGCACACAGAUCUUUGACUUGAUCUUCCAUCCUUCCAGCUCUACUGUGUAUGCUGGUCUACUCACGGGCCAUGUCAAGGCAUUUGGCUACGACGACGACGGAGAGCAUGACAGGAAAUUCACUGUCCGACCAUCGAAGCGGUCAUGCCGAGCGUUAGCAAUUAACGAGGAUGGGGGCAGGCUGUGGGCGGCCGGAAAAGCAAAGGCGGUGUUCACACUUGAUACGGGUACAGGCCAGAUAGUCGACACUUGGUCCAACGCCCACGACACAGCCAUCAAUCGACUGAAGAGCCUUACGCCGAAUCUACUUGCUUCAGGAGACGAUGAUGGAGUUAUUAAGCUCUGGGAUCCGCGAAAAGCAACUUCAAUACGACAGUAUACCCACCAUUUUGACUUCAUCUCAGACUUCCUAUGGCUAGCAGACAGCAAGCAGCUCGUCUCGACAAGUGGCGAUGGUACGCUUUCCGUCAUCGACGUCAGGUCAAAGAAGACCGAACCCGUCGCGCACGGUCAAAAAUUCGCUGUCGGCACUCAACUCGGCAUCCUCUCCGUCUUCAACCGCCGUAGCGGCUGGGGCGACUGCGUUGACCGCAUCCCCGGGCACCCCCACUCCAUUGAUACGCUGGCGGUCCUCCCCACCGCCUUCGCCCCGUCACAGACGACCAUCCUCACGGGCUCCUCGGACGGCAUCCUCCGCGCCGUUCAACUCUUCCCAACGAAGCUCCUUGGUGUCGUCGCGGACCACGGCGAGUUCCCUAUCGAACGGAUUGCAGUGGAUAGAGGCGGUGAAGGGCGUUGGGUUGGGAGCGCGGGCCAUGAAGAGGUGCUGAAAUUGACAGAUUUGCAAGAGGUGUUUGCAGACGACGAUGACGAAGCGGAAAACGAAGAAGAGGGAAAGGACGCUGAAGAGAAGGGAGAGGGAAAGGCCAACGAUAGUGACGCUGAGAGAGAAAGCAGCGAGGAGGAAGGCCCGGGCUUGCCACCGGCUUCUCCGAAGAAGAAAGUCGAGACGGAAGUGGAGGCUGAGGCAGAGUCUGAUGGUGAAGCAGCCGCUGCGGACUCAAGUGACGAUGAGGGUGUGGUGGAGAGGAAACGAAAACGCAAGCAGGACAAAGAUCCAUUGAAGACCUCAAAACGGUCGAAAGGACGGAAUGAGGUUGUCGCUGAGCCAUCCUUCUUCGCUGACCUGUAG